AUGAUUCGUAGAGAUUCUGGUGAAAUGUAAUAACAUGCUUUUAGCCAACUUAAUUUUAGCAAAUCGACAAAAGAAAUUCAAACUUCAAGAAAAGAAUAUUUAUUCUAAAAAUUACCUUCUUUAGAUUCUACUUAGACCAAUAAUUCUUGGCAAGUCAGAAAAGGGGGAUCUGCAAAUUGCAUAGAUAUUGAUAGAGUAAAUUCAGCAUAGAAAUCUCUAACUCCCCAAUAGUAAAAAAAGAAAAAAAAUUAAUCAAUAUAAAUAGAGGAGACAUCUUAAUUUGAUCUAGGUUCUAGUAGAAAUUUUCAAAGAUUAUUUACUAUUAAGAAUCAUACUAAAUCUAAUACUGGCAGUGUAAAAACUUCAAGAGAAGAUAACACAGGUGGAUUCACAAAUCAAGUUGUGUUAAGAAAAUCACAUUAUCAUUAGUCCUAAUAAAUUUAAUAAUCAUAAUAAUAAGUUUAAUAACAACAAUGUCCAUUUUCAUCUGGCAAAUCCAUCAAAGACCUCUUAUCAUAAUUCACAGAUAAAAAGUAUUAAUUUAAUUUUAUAUAGGCCAAAAAAUGGAAUAACACGUCAUAGUGAAUUUGAAAAAAUGGAAGGUUUAGAUGAUUAUACCAAAGAAUUAGGCAUUAUCUUAAAUGAUGAUGAUUUAAUUGGACCUAUUCUAAGAGAAGUUGCUGAAAUGAAAGGAGUAGUUAAAUCACUAAUUGAUUUAAGUAAUGGUAAUAAACUUACUUAUCAUUUUGAAACUUUAAAACAAUUACAUUCAACUCUAAAUAUAACUGAUCAAAUGUUCAAUAGAUUUAAAUAUCUCUAUCUUAAAUACUUAAUUUAAUUGAAAGUAAAUAGAGAGACAGUCUUUAAAUGUGCUUAAGCAGUUGAAUUCUAUAGAGGAGCUAUCGUCUCUGAGGUAAUUUCUCUAUAUUAUCCAUUAGUCUCGUUCUGUAUAAAAUGUUAAAGAUAACAUUAGAACUAUUGCCAAAAAUAUGUAUAGUCAAAUCUUUGAAGAUUUUUCACUUAGUCCAUUAUUUAAAGGAACAAAAUAAGAAGAAUAAGCAAUUAAAUUUAGUAGGAUUUUUGGAUUUAUUGUUGGAUCAGCUGAAUCUACAAAUUAUGUUAUGGAUUCAAUGAGAGAUUUUCAUAAAGGAUUUGAAAUUACAUCAGUUCAAUAUUCUAUAUUUAAAUACUAUUUAUCAGGUUCAUUAUCAAAACAUACUUAAAAAGAAGUCAUUUGGUAUAUUUUAGAGUAAACUGAUGCUUAUAAAGCAGCUGUUAUCAAUUAAGAUAGUAUUAAAGAUUUAGUAUAUAAAUAAUAAGGAAUAGAUAAUUUUACUACUGAAUUUAUCAAAUUAUGUUAAUAAGAUUAAUAUAUAUAUAAGAAUUUUAUACAUAAAGUUGGAUUUGAUUCAUUUAUAGAACAUACUAAGUAUUUUUUGCACUAUGCUUUUAAUAAAUAAAAUAAUUGUUUUACACUUGAAGAUUUGUAAUCAUUUCAUUGUUAACAUUCAAUUAAUCUUAAUUUAUAUCAAAGUAUUAAAGAAAAAAUGAUGAUCUUAUUAACUAAAUUGAAUCCACAAAGAGUAAUAUUUCAAGACUUUGAAGAAGAAUUUGAUUUGAUACUUCCUUACAUAACAAAUUAAAAAUUACCUUGUGAUAUUGUAGGUUAAAGAUUAUGUGAAUUUAUUCCAAUAAUUUCUGAUGAAUUGAAAUCAAAUGUAGAAAUUAAGAAUAUCUUUGAUAGUAAUGAUGCAAAUGUAAAUAAAGUUGUUUUAAAGAAAUUUGAAUAUUUAUUAUCAGGUAGAAAAUAUUUUAAAAGAUCUGAUAUACAAGCUAUCCAUUCAAGACUUAAAAUUAGUGAAUAUAUAUUUGAAAAGUUUGUUCAUCUUAUUGAAAAAGCAAUAAGGCAAUAUGAUACUUCAUUAAUGUGGAUGGUUGAUGCAAUAAAGCUUUGGAAAUAUAUUAUUAUCACAGUAUGA